AUGGGUCUUUGUAAUUGGAAAUUUUUAUGUCUUGGGGCCAGUCUUGUACCCCAUUCUCUUUCCUUACCCCAUCUUCAACCCAACCAACAAGUUAACAAUCAGACAACCGUUCAUCAAAACCUUGGACCGGCUUCACUUCCCAGGUUGAACUUAACCCGCCCAUCAAACCUAGAUGGCUGCCUGAAAGAUCCUUUGACGAAACAGUUAUGGAACAAGAUGGGAAUGGACCAACAUGUGAAACAAUACCCUGGUGGAUUGAAUCUGUCACUUUCCGAUUAUGCAGAUAAAGUAGGGGCUACAAAUUUCUAUUGCGGUAUCGGGAACGAUUGUAAUCCAUCACAGACGUGCUUGGGAAUAAAACAACAAGACUGGUAUGCACUGGCGGCAGCCCAUAGAUUCAACACGUUUGUAAACCAAAUAUACGAGGCGACCGCUUAUGCCUUAGGCGUUGUAUCAGACCUUAGCCCGACCAUGGUAGAUGACCUGAUUCCUGAUGCUACCAACUUUUGGAACUUCGCGGCGGUAUAUGUUGGUAUAUUAACGGCCUGGAUCACCGGGACACCGGCUGCGCUCUUCGGAGCCGGCGUGGGAUCGAUUAUCUGGAUGGUGAUGAUGUCGACCAUGUUUGUCAGCUCGGCUGCUGUCUGGGUUGUUGCAAAUUUAUACGUACCAGAUCCUCAAAAAUUUACGAGAUGGUCAGAAGUAAUUUAUCGCUUGCAAGAUUUUGAGAAUCACAUGCAAGGGGCUCUAUCAAAUUUCACCCAGAAUGUUAUCGACUCAGGCAUUAGUACUGAGCAAGGACUGUACGGUAUCAGUAAGGGCGGAAACUUAUUCGACGACGUCCAGUUUCGAACAGAAAGUGAAAUUCAAUCUGAUCUUGAACAAACCCUCAAACUCAGAUCACUUUCACAUAUCCUUAGAAUUCAGAAUGCAUUUGUUACCAGAGGAAGUCAACCGUGCAAUGGUGAUGGGCCUAAUGGGGCGCUAAAUAAACCGGGAAAGCUUUCCUACUGUGAUAAUGAAGGAAUAAUGAUGAACAUUGUCCUAGCAGGCGAAAAAGAUAAAGAGGAGCCAGUUUACAACGCCGGAAUGGUAGCCCAAAAGUAUGGCCUUUCCACCGAGUUACUCACCACGACAGCUUGGAGAUGUCAACAAAAAUACGGUGUCUACAGGCACCCAACAGUUGUGAACGCGACGGAACCCUAUGACACUUCUUCGGAUUGCUUGUUCAACCUUCCAGUUUGUGAUCUGACAGAUCCAAAAAUCCGAGACAAAAAACAUCACAUGAGUGUGGUGGAAGCGUGCAGGAAGCUGGGUAAACUGCCGAUAUAA